AUGUCUACGAACACAGCUCUGCUUCCUCACACACGCUCCUCCGCCGCCGCCACCCUACCCCCAAACGCCAACGCCCGCCCUGAACCCCAGGCCGCCGUCCCGCACCCCACGACGCCCGCCUCGUCUGACAGAGCCGCUGCUGCCCAAGCCAGCUCGUCCACAGCGCCUGCCACUGCUCAAAAACAGCCCGUCACUCGCCGGUCGACUCUCGCCUCGCGCUUUCCGCUCCUACGCAAGUCGAGCGGCUCCCACGUCCGCACCACCAGCAGCUCGCACGCCCUUCCAACCUCUUUCCUCGCCCCGGCUGCCCCGCGUGCCUCGACGUCCUCUUCUCGUGGCCGCAUCGACACGCCCACACCAGACCUCCGUUCCCGCGAGUCUUCUACCAGCGCCAGCAUCAGGUCUAGCCGCGAGCCCGACAGCACUGCCAGCGAUCGCUCUAGGUCUGCCCUCUCCGCAGCCUCGAUCCCGAACACGUCUCUCGACAGCGAGCCCACCGGCAAGCUGGACAAGCUCCCACAGCCCACAAAGGCAGCCAAAGCAGGCGACAAGAAGAUGCAUCAAACCUCCUCACGGCUCCUCCGCAUGACGGACGAUGAGCGCCCAUACACCAGGGAUUUCAAGGAUCUCUUCUCCACGCUGAUGGUGUCAUUGCCGCUCACCCCGCAUCGCGUGCGAUUCAGGAUGAUCGACUUCACCUUCACUUCUGACGAGGCUAUAACGAACCUGGGCUCCCUGAAGUUCUCGCAGUCCAACCGCAUGCCGGAUCCCAAAGAUGCUUCUCGUGUUGUUACUACGACUACAACUACCACGUUCUCCAUGGCUAAAGAGAUGGCCCGCUCAGUUUGCACGAGAUUCUAUGAGGCGAAAUUCAUCGAGUCGGUUGAGGGCAAAUUUGACUUCAACAACAAGAGCUCAGUGUGGCAACUUACACCGAAAGGCAUCCACAUCCUAGAACGCUUCUGUGCACGCAACGGCAUCCAGUCCACUCAUGUGAAGUCUGUCAUUGAAUCCAAUCGCAAUCCGCACCAGCUUGUCAUUCUCGAGCGCAGCACGGACACCGACAAGUUGCACCACGAUGAGCAGACGGUCGAGAUCAUCUUCCGUCGCUUCGUCGGAAACAGCGCAAACGAAACCUCGUCGGAUUCCGAUUCGAUUCAUGAGUUUGGCAAGUGCGACGUAGGCGUACGGACUAUCAAGCACAAGCCGACACAAAGCCGGCCGUAUGAGCACACGUUCAACGGGAGGAGCGCAGCUGAGUGGCUUAUGGACUGUUCCACCAUGGUCGACCGUCGCGAAGCUAUUGAGAUUUGUUCCAUGUUUCUUCAAUUAGGACUGAUCGCUCCGGUCGACGCACGCAACUCGUCUGAGAAAUUCCAGCCUGCGAAGCAAGUGCAGUAUUACAUCACACAGCAUGGCGAGCGUAUUGCUGGGUGGAACCUCAGUGAAGACACGACAGCGCCGGCAGAUUUGAAUGCUGCCAAAGCUCGAGACGGCGCUGCUCGUGACUCCAACAGCAACCGGACGAACGUCAUCAUCCGCAACCCGUCUUGGCGCCUGUUGUACCGCGAGUUUCUGAAGGAGACUAUGUGUGAAGAAAAUCUGUCUUUCUAUAUCGAGGUACAGGACUUCAACUCGCAGUAUCGAGCAGCCGUGAAUGCCACGGGUGACAACAAGAUCGAGACAAUUCGCGAAACUUUGGCUGCUGCAUAUGGUCUAUACAACGCUUUCCUUGCCCCAGGCUCACCGAACGAGCUCAACAUCGACCACGCCCUCCGCACGCAACUAGCCACCCGCAUGACCCGCGCCGUUGGCGACGAUACCGCUAUGAUGCAAAGCUUGGUAGAGGUUGCGUCGCUAUUCGAAAAGGCGCAGAACUCGAUAUUCAAGCUGAUGUCCAGCGAUUCUGUUCCCAAAUUCAUCAAGCACCCCAAGUAUGGCCCGCAAUUGCGUGGACUCGAUGCGGCCGCAGCUGCCGCCUACGCAGCCACAUCAGGAACAUCCGCUCGAGCAUAA